AUGGAUUUUGAUGUGUCAAUCACACCACCAACAGAACUUGGAAAGUACACAUUAUAUGUUUACACAUAUACUAAUGGUCUUGGCUCAUUGCUUUAUGAAGAAUUCACAAUUACAGUUGUUCCACCAAAUUAUAGACCAAAGUUAUACAUUGUUCCAUCUGAAUACCUAUAUUACAUUCCAGAUUCUGAAGUUUCUUUCUUGGCUUCAGUCUACGAUCAAGAUUCAGGUGAUAAACCACUCACAGCAAAGGUUUUCUUCAACAAUGCAGAAGUUGCAACACAAGAAGUUGCAAACAGCAAAGAUCUUAAGACAUUCAAAUUCAAAGUUCCAAAAGACACAGCAGCAGGUGAAUAUGAAGUCAAAGUCACAGCUACAGAUGGCAAGAAGAUUGGAACAAAGAAGUUCACAAUCACAAUCAAGAAUAACACAGUUCUCACAAUCUAUUUCGAACCAAAACUUAAUGCCACAUACAACAAAGGCGACAAGGUCAACUUCACAGCUGUCAUCAAUGAUCCAGAUACAAACUUCGAUAACAAGUUCACUGUUUCUCUGUUCUACAACGAUAAAGUCAAGAAGACGAUCACAUCAACUAACGAUGCAGGAUUAGUCAGAGUUCCACUUGAUUUCACCAUCCCAACAACAGAAACAAACACAACAGCCGAAAUCAAGAUCGUAGUCACAACACCAACGAAUCCUCUGAAAAAUUAA